UCCAGCCACACCUGAUGCAUCUCCCCUCACCAUGCAGAGACUGCCCCUUCCUCCCCACUGCCCAGCACCUCUGCACCCAGGCAGCCCCUCCCACAGUGCUAACUCCACCCCUCACAGGUGUGAACAGGCACUUCCACAUGAUCUGCAUCCGAGACAAGUUCAGCCAGAACAUUGGGCGACAGGUCCCAUCCAAGGUCAUCUGGGACCAUCUGAGCACCAUGUAUGACAUGCAAGCGCUGCAUGAGUCUGAGAUUCUCCCCUUUCCGAAUCCGGAGAGGAACUUUGUCCUUCCAGAGGAAAUCAUCCAAGAGGUCCGGGAAGGCAAGGUCAUCAUCGAGGAGGAAAUGAAAGAGGAAAUGAAGGAAGACAUGGAUCCCCACAAUGGGCCUGACGAUAUGUUUGUGUCAUCAGGAAGCCUGGGGAAAGCCACGGAAAAGUCCAGCAAAGAAAAGGAGAAGAACUCCUCCGACUUAGGGUCCAAAGAAGGGGCGGACAAGCGGAAGCGCAGCCGGGUCACCGACAAGGUUCUGACUGCAAACAGUAACCCAUCGAGCCCCAGCGCUGCCAAACGGCGCCGGACAUAGAGACCCUGUGUCUGCAGCCGCAGAGAGGUGGCUGGUGGCUGGCGGGGGAGGGGGCACUUAGCAGGAUCAGCGCACUCAGCCAGUACUCUAUGCCUCAGUGCUGGCGUCAUGUUCUCUGGCCAGCCGGGCAAGUGGACAUUUUGUCUCAGAUCUGGAGAGCUGAGUGGACUCUCCUUGCAGACUUUUCUUCCUUUAACACCACUGAGUUCCUGUGAGGUGCCACCCCAGAGGACCCACCUGGAGAACUGGUGUGGUUGGCAAGCAAUAACAAUGCCCAGCCAUGUCUCCUCAGGAAUAGCAGUGGUCUGUCUUCCCGGGAAGGAUGCUGCCUCAGGGAAUGACGGUCGGAGGAGAACUUUGCCUCUGUCACUUGUACUGUAAUGUAUAUAAUUCAGUUGGUGUUUUCACUAUUUAAUUCUUAAGACUAUUUUACUAUUGUUUUUAUGAAAAAAAAUGUAGCAGUUAAACCUAUGUUGUAUUUUUCAGAAAAUGUUUAGUGAAGGUGAUGAGACGAAAGUACUUUCUGUCUGUUUUUAGAUGCCACAAAUGGAGAAUUUUGUAGUGGUUAUUUUUGUAUUACCAUUUAAUUUGCAAAUAGGCCAAGUGGGUGAGUAGGACAAGCUGCAGCCACAGCCUGGGGCCAAGGUGACCCAGGGCUGUGGGAAUGUACUUCCCUUUGCUGACAUUAAAGCACACAAAAAAUUAA